ACGACUUGAUGUAAUUGGACGUGUUAUCCUGAAUAUUACCCACACGCUCUCCUUCAGGAAGGAUAUGAUUCGAUACGGUGCCUUUGGGCUGAGAAUCGCAGCGCCGCUCGUCUUAAACGAGUCUUAAGAUAACAUUCGGACCAUCGACGCGGAAGCUGUUUAUGACUGAAUCGGCUUUUGAACUGCAGCGAAACUGAACGUCCGUGCUGUCCACUUCCUGUGAGGGGUUGAGUGAGUCUCCCGGAAUACAUGCGACUCAGACUCGGAGCGACCGCCUCUCGCAUCAGACCAUAACCGACCUUUCUGUGAUGGAUAAUGCUCACACCAAGACAGUGGAGGAGGUUCUUGCCUUCUUUGGUGUCAAUGAGUCGACGGGUCUGAGCUGUGAGCAGCUGAAGAAGAACAAAGAGAGAUGGGGACCCAACGAGCUGCCAGCUGAAGAAGGAAAGUCCCUGUGGGAACUGGUCCUUGAGCAGUUUGAGGACCUGUUGGUUCGAAUCCUUCUGCUUGCAGCAUGCAUCUCUUUUACUCUGGCUUGGUUUGAAGAGGGAGAGGGGACGGUCACAGCGUUUGUGGAACCCUUCGUCAUCCUCCUCAUCCUCAUCGCCAAUGCCAUUGUUGGAGUGUGGCAGGAACGUAACGCGGAGAACGCCAUCGAGGCGCUGAAGGAGUACGAGCCUGAGAUGGGCAAAGUCUACCGGCAGGACAAGAAGAGCGUGCAGCGAGUCAGAGCCAGGGACAUUGUUCCUGGGGACAUCGUGGAAGUCGCAGUUGGUGACAAAGUUCCUGCCGACAUUCGAUUGACCUCCAUCCGCUCCACCACGCUCAGAGUGGACCAGUCCAUUCUGACCGGAGAAUCGGUCUCCGUGCUGAAACACACUGACCCAGUUCCAGAUCCCCGCGCGGUCAACCAGGACAAGAAGAACAUGCUGUUCUCUGGUACCAACAUCGCCGCCGGCAGAGCCAUCGGAGUGGUUGUGGCGACAGGGGUGCAGACUGAGAUUGGCAAAAUCCGUGACGAGAUGGCCUCCACCGACCCGGAGCGCACGCCUCUGCAGCAGAAACUCGACCAGUUCGGGGAGCAGCUCUCUAAGGUGAUCAGUGUCAUCUGCGUAGCCGUGUGGGCCAUCAAUGUGGGCCACUUCAAUGACCCGGUUCAUGGCGGCAGCUGGCUGCGAGGAGCUGUUUACUAUUUCAAGAUCGCGGUGGCGCUGGCGGUCGCAGCCAUUCCAGAAGGUCUCCCGGCUGUCAUCACCACCUGCCUGGCGUUGGGCACCAGGAGAAUGGCUCGCAAGAACGCCAUCGUUCGCAGCCUGCCGUCAGUGGAGACGCUGGGCUGCACUUCCGUCAUCUGCUCUGACAAAACCGGGACCCUCACCACCAACCAGAUGUCCGUGUGCCGGAUGUUUGUGGUUGACAGUGUGUCCCAGGACCGGUGCAGCCUGAAUGAGUUCUCAGUGACCGGAUCUACUUACGCCCCUGAAGGGGACGUGUACAAAGAUGGCGCCGUCAUUAAGUGCAGUCGCUACGAAGGCCUGGUGGAGAUGGCCUCCAUCUGCGCUCUGUGCAAUGACUCGUCGCUGGACUUCAACGAGGCGAAGGGCGUGUACGAGAAGGUCGGGGAGGCUACCGAGACCGCUCUCUGCUGUCUGGUGGAGAAAAUGAACGUGUUUGACACGAACCUACGCGGCCUGAGCCCCACUGAGCGAGCCACGGCCUGCUGCUCUGUGAUCAAACAGCUAAUGAGGAAGGAGCUCACACUGGAGUUCUCCAGAGACAGGAAGUCCAUGUCUGUGUUCUGCUCCUCCAAUAAACUCACCAGGUCCUCCACCGGAGCCAAGAUGUUUGUCAAGGGAGCGCCGGAGAGCGUGCUGGAGCGCUGUAAUUACAUCCGAGUCGGCAGCUCCGCCCGGGUGCCCAUGAGCCCCACCACCAGGGAGCAGCUGCUGGCCACUGUGCGGGAGUGGGGGUCAGGCAGGGACACGCUGCGCUGCCUGGCCAUGGCCACACGAGACUCGCCCCCGGACAUCAGCCGCCUCAACCUGGAAAACUCAGCCGCCUUUUCCGACUACGAGGUGGACUUGACGUUUGUGGGCUGUGUGGGGAUGUUGGAUCCGCCCAGGAAAGAGGUGCUGGGCGCUGUUCGGAUGUGCCGCCAGGCCGGCAUCCGUGUCAUCAUGAUCACAGGCGACAACAAGGGCACGGCGCUGUCCAUCUGUCGGCGGGUGGGGAUCAUCACGGAGCAGGAGGAAGAGCAGGAGGGCGCGGGCAUCAACAGCGGCCUGACCGGCCGCGAGUUCGACGAGCUGCCGCCUCACCUGCAGAGGCAGGCGUGUCAGACGGCGCGGUGCUUCGCCCGGGUGGAGCCGGCGCACAAGAGCCGCAUCGUGGAGUACCUGCAGAGCCUGAGCGACAUCACCGCCAUGACUGGCGACGGAGUGAACGACGCGCCAGCGUUGAAGAAGGCAGAGAUUGGGAUCGCCAUGGGGAGCGGCACGGCGGUGGCCAAGUCAGCGUCGGAGAUGAUCCUCGCCGACGAUAACUUCUCCACCAUCGUCGCUGCUGUGGAGGAAGGCCGAGCGAUCUACAACAACAUGAAGCAGUUCAUCAGAUACCUCAUUUCCUCCAACAUAGGAGAAGUGGUCUGUAUUUUCCUCACCGCGGCCCUCGGGAUGCCGGAAGCUCUGAUCCCAGUCCAGCUUUUGUGGGUCAACCUAGUGACUGAUGGGUUCCCUGCAACCGCACUGGGCUUCAACCCCCCGGACCUGGACAUCAUGUCCCGCCCCCCUCGCUCCCCAAAGGAGCCCCUCAUCUCCGGCUGGCUCUUCUGUCGCUACCUCAUCAUCGGCUGUUACGUCGGAGCGGCGACCGUCGGCGCUGCCGCCUGGUGGUUCAUGGCAGCUCAUGAUGGACCCAAAGUCAACUUCUAUCAGCUGUCUCACUACCUCCAGUGCGGCGAAGGCCACGCAGAGUUCGCUGGCGUUCAGUGCUCCGUCUUCGAGUCUCCCUACCCCAUGACCAUGGCUCUGUCCGUGCUGGUGACCAUCGAGAUGUGUAACGCCCUGAACAGUCUGUCAGAGAACCAGUCCCUCCUGAAGAUGCCCCCCUGGUCAAACCCGUGGCUCGUUGGCGCCAUCUGUCUGUCAAUGGCUCUUCAUUUCCUCAUUCUCUAUGUCGACCCGCUGCCGAUGAUCUUCCAGAUCCGCCCUCUGUCGUGGCCUCAGUGGGUGGUGGUUUUAAAGUUGUCCCUCCCCGUCAUCCUCAUGGAUGAGGCUCUGAAGUUCAUGGCGCGCAACUACAUCGAGCCCGGGAGCCAGAUCCAGAGCCUGGAAGAGGAGGCGGAGCUGCAGCGGAGGAGCGCCGGGCCCGGACUCUUCUACGCCCUGACCCUCAAGCUCCGUCAGUCUCUCAGGGGCGUGUCCUGGACUUUCGUGUUCAUCUCGGCACCGUUGGUGAUCUGGAUCUUCAGUCUGGACUCGGACAUCACCAACAUCUUCUGGGAGUGAGGGCUGGUCAGAAGAAGUGGGCGCAGGACGUGACAAUCAGGAUUUGGGUUUGUUUUAGAGCGAAGCUUAAGCACUUUUAAUUUGAAGGUCUCAAACACACAACAACUCUUGAUUUAACUGCGCCACAACCACAACCCGGCCCAGGAACACAGUGAGGAAAGGUCAAACAGGAGGAAAGAAUGUAACAAGCAAUGGUCGAAGGCUGAUUCCAAACUGAUGGAUCUUGUGCCAAAAGGUGAAAAUCCAUAUGAACAUCCUGUCGUGUAAAUCCACACAAAUAUCCCACUAACUUAUUUAUUUUAUCUUAAAUAGUUGACCUUUAUAUUUAAUGGAGCAGUGUUUUUAGAAAAUGUGAUUAUCAUGAAAAAAAAAAUCAGAAAAUAAAAGAAAACAAACACGAUGUUCAUCCGGAAAACCUUAAAGAAAUGAAGGUGGAGGCGUGUGACUAUAAUGCAGAUGUAUCAAAGGAAGGAAAAGGAUGCUUAAAAAAGGGGAGAAAAAACAUUUCGAAGCAUGAGACAAGAUGACAAGAAGUGGUCAGUCAACUCUGUGCACUUGCAUUGUGAUAUUUAACAGAGCAGUUCAUCGCACCAUCCUUCACAGAAUCAGCUUCAGUAGACCCACGAGGUCAUUUUACACCAGGAAUUGUUUCGUCUGCAAGUGAGCUGGAGCUCAACAGUUCCUCUGACGACUCAAGAUGUUUUCUAGUCAGUUCUGGUGCUUCCAGUGCUGAGCUCAGACGUCAACUGAAGGUCCAGUUUGUCUGCGGCCCCCUACUGUGGGGAGCGGAGAAGUGCGUAUUGGUAGUGGGAUUUUAUUGGCCAAACCUUUGCCUCUUGAGAUGUGAGCUGUAUAAUACUGCAGGUGUAAUAGUGAGUAGUAGUUUACUGCCAUUGCUGUUGUAGACAUUCAGAGAAUUUGGACAGAGCAGCAGUCUCGAACUGAUCCACGAAGGGUCUGCAGUCGGUGCCGAUUUUUGUUCCAACCAAUCAGGAGGACACCUCCUCACCACUCGGGUGAGAGUGCAGGUGCACAGAGGUCGAAAUAGUGUGCUGUUGUCCACACAGAAGCGGCCUGUGGUUGACGUGUCGGGCCUGGACACUGAGGUGAAAGUACUUGGAUCAGUCGAAGGGUAAAGUCCAUGGGCUCGAGGUGUGGUGACUUCCUUUUGAUGUUAAGUCCCUACAUUUUAUUUUUGGUGUGUCUUUUGUAGAGGCUAGAUGAUGUUUUGGUGCUUGACAAGAUCAUGUCUAGUCUGCACUCUGUUUCUUGUGCUCUCCCGUUUUCCAUCCUGAGGUUGCACCCUGGAGGUUUAGCUUUGAGGGGCUGCCCCAAAAAUGUGUCGCCUCACAUGGGUCACAACCAAGGGCUGGGUUUACUUUACCAGAGUAAAACCGGUGCUUCGUCCUAAUCAUGAACUCUUAAAUGUUCCACCCCUCCACCACUUGCCAAGCUCCUGCUGAGCGAUUUACUGCUCACGAGUGCCCCCUAGUGUCCAAGCUUGUGUAUCACUUUUCUCAUUCCAUUAGUCCUUGGCUCACUGACCAGACAGUUUCCCAUGUUGUGAGUCGUGUGUGUCAUGAGGGCGGAAAGGGAGGUCAAACAUUCAUUUUCAAUCCUGUUUGAUUUAUUGACAUUUCAGUUAUGUUUUCUGCAGCACUUGAUUGUCAGUGUUCAGAAUGUUUGUUUUUCUCACUUGAGCUGAUAAGUUUGUGGGGUUUUUUCUGACUGAAUGUUUUUGUUUUUCUUCAGUUGAAAUACUGUUUCUGCCUUUCGCCGUGGUAUUAAACCGUGAAGUCCAAUAUUAGAGUUCAAACAUGGCUGACACUUCAUCUGCCUUUUUUGUUGACAGAGCGAUGCCAGCUAGUGUGAAAGAACAUUCCUAUUUAUUCUAGAACUUCUCAUAGUUUAACAUUAGCUGACGUUUGUGCUACUUUCUGGUUAUCCACGACUCCUAAAUGUUAAUAUCCACGUUGACGUUCCUGACACUCGCUCUGAGCCCAUCUGAUUCCGAUGACCUUGUUUUCUUUACUGCUCCGCUGUCAUUGGGAACGGAGGGACGGAAUAAAGCCGCUGUGGUUGAAAUGACUCAUUGUUUUCUGAGAAUUUAUUU